AUGGAAAGACUCACUGAUGAUGCCGACUAUGAUGCCGGCGAAAUGUCUGGGAAUGUACCACGUCCACGGUCCGACUCUGGAAAUUUACAUGCAUACUAUGCACUCUGGACAAGGUGCGUUCCUCUAGGUCGUCCUAUCAAUAUGACCAAGUUACUAAAACAAGGCCAAUUACUUCUAUUCGCCUGUAGGUAUAUAUAUAUAUCACUACAAAGAUUCUUGUUCUUAUAUUUACUGUCAAAAUGGUAA